AGUCGCUGAAGGAAAAUAUUGGCCACAGCAGAUACUUGGCAUUACAGGCGCUACUGGAGCUGCGAGAUCCUACUCACAAUCUACUCCUCUGUACUCUUUCCAACGCAAAAUUUGGAAAAAGUCAAAGGGAAAAGGAAAUCUUUGCCUAAAACGCUGCAAGCCUCAUCUGACCUUCCUCUUGCCAAUCAUUCCAUCGGUCGUCUCUUUGGCAUCUCCUCCUCAAAAGUACUUAAAAAGGCUUUCUUACCACUCAACUACUUGAAAGUGCGCACGUUUCACUCUAAAAACUGUGAACUGGAGGAUUAUGGCAAAGAAGAACAGCCACAAAGAUACCUCGGGGGUUGUGUUCGAUACUCGCUCCAAGAUGGUCAUGUCCCAGGGAGGAACAGCAGAGAGGAUGAAGGAGAAGAUCAGCGCUGUCAGAGCCGUGGUUCCCAACAAAAGUAACAAUGAGAUAGUCCUUGUGCUGCAGCACUUUGAGAACUCGGUGGACAAAGCAGUGCAGGCGUUUUUAGAAGGAAGCGCAGCGGAGAUCCUGAAAGAGUGGAAUGUCACAGGCAAAAAGAAGCCCAAGAAGAAAAAGAAGCCAAAGCCAGCGGAGCAGGCAGAGGCAGCAGAGGCAUCGACAGCAGAUGGCGCUGUGGAGCAAGGCGACGAGAUAAACGGUUUCCACGGUAAUGGGUCGGUUCUGGAUGAAUCCCUGGACUCUCUGAGUGAGCAGCUGGACUCCGCCUCUCUUGACGCGGCUGAACUCGACUCGGAGCCCGCCACCUCCGAAAACACAGGGGCAGAAGCAGAGAGUCAGAGCAGCGCUCCGAGUCCCGCUUUGUGUGUUCAGGAGAGCAGAAAUCACCAGGGUCUCCGUGGAAACAAGUCCAGACAGAGACCUCCUCCCUCCUCACACCCCCCGUCCUCCACCCCUAUAGACGACUGUCAACAAGGAACCAAGAAAACAGCUUCUACCAUCGACCGCUCAGUGAAGGACUUGCAGCGGUGCACGGCGUCGCUCACUCGGUACAGGAUGGUGGUGAAGGAGGAGAUGGACUCUUCUAUCAAGAGAAUGAAGCAGACAUUUGCAGAGCUCCAGAGCUGUUUAAUGGACAGAGAAGUCACUCUUUUGGCAGAAAUGGACAAAGUGAAAGCUGAGUCUAUGAUGAUUUUGGACGCGCGGCAGAAGAGAGCAGAGGAGCUCAGACGACUCACAGACAAGUCGGCCUCGAUGUCGGAGGAGCAGCUCACCGAACUUCGCGCAGAUAUCAAGCACUUUGUGAGUGAACGAAAAUAUGACGAAGAUCUGGGGAAGGCCGUUCGAUUCACCUUCGACCUCGAGCCGCUAAAGACGAGCAUCACAGGGUUUGGAUCAGUGUACCAUCCAAACACAGGGUACUCAAACAGGUCCCGCUGUAGCUCCACCUCCUCCUCUGUGACCAGCCCACAGGAAACUCCGCCCCCUCCACAGACCCAAAGCACUUCUACUGAACCCCGGCCCCCUCCCACCAAACAGAUUUUUCAGGGGAACCGGCGUACGUUCCAGGGGCAGGGGUACCACUCGGGCGGGCAGCGGUACAACGGCAGCUCCUACCACAACCGCAACCACCACGGUCACCAUAGAAACAACCAGGCCGACAACAACCAGACCUCACAGCAGCAGCACCCGCACAGCUCUAGAGGUCCACCCCACCCUCCGUCCUCCUCCUCCCACCACAACGGGCUGCCCCAAAGAACCCCCCGGACGCAGUGCCCAUGACAACGGAUAACCAACUGGAACCGUCCGCUAGCCCCCCGCUCCCUUCUCAAUGAAGAAUAGAACACAAGUUUACAUAUUUCCAUUACCGGAGCUGUAGUGCCACUUCUAUACUGCAAAACAAGAUAUAUUUAGGAUGAGUUAAAAUGACGUGAAUGAAUGAAUGUUCUUGAUUUGAGCAGAUUUACAACUAGAUUAUUCAAAUUGAAUCAUGUCCCCGGCAGAUUAAAUAUAAAUAAAAAUAAAUCAGUAAAAUUGCUUGAAACAGUUUGAAAUAAAAAAUACAAAUAUGCCAAUGAGGUAACAAAAUGUAUCUUAUUUAAAGUGCUGUUUUGUCACCCUUUUGACAGAUUAUUUUCAUCUACAUUUGAAAAAAAAAAAAAAAACUGAAUAAAAUCAUGUAAUAUAUAUCAUGUUUUUGUAUUUCUACUAGGUUGUAUAUGUUUACCUUAGUAGCAAAAUUUCACUUGAAAACCAAGUAAAAAAAAGGCUCAGAAUUUUGCCUUAAACACUAAAAAAUAUUGAAAUCAGUCAGAAUUACAUUAAAACAAUUAAAGUAAAUGCAAAAUGUAAUUAAAAACAUCUCUGAUUAUGUUUAAUUCAAGUCAUUUUAACUUCUUCAGAUAUGCCCUUUAUUUGCAGUGUCUCUACAUUAAUCUGCUCAUCCUUCGGACUUGAAAAGCUCCCACAAUCCCUCUUUUUUUCCACUCGUCUUUCCUUUCUUCUUAAAAAUGGCCUCUUCUAUCUUUAUCCCCCCUUUGAGAAAUCUUGCCACGCUUCUGUCCAUCAAAUCUUCUCACGCCUUUUAGAAAACUAUUUGAUCCGACUACAAUAUCAACCGCAACACUAUUUAGUUUGCAUCUUGUAUUUUUUGCCAUUCUUGUGUCAGUUUAUGUUUGCAGUCUUUUUUUUUUUUUUUGCAUCCUUUUUUUUUUUCAAUUCCCAAGGCAUUUCAGGUUUUUCACUACACAAUUUUAAAGUAUCUGGAAGUAACAACAAAGUAGACUUAUACAAUCAACACUACAGGCUAUUGUUAAUGUUUGAACAUAUCAAAUACACUGUAAGUUCAAGCUUGUUCUAUGGCUGCUACGAAACCUAGAAACAAAGUAAGUAUAGAUUCAUUAUUGAAAGAGAUUGUUUAGCCCGAUAAUUCUUGCCUUCCUGUAUUGGGGCCAGUGUGGUGGUGGCUGUGUUGUCGUCUUGCUGGCUUGCUGUUCCUUUUCUAACCACCAGAGGGCUUGUUACCUUUUUUGUAGAAUAUUGUUAAAAAUUGCAAAGCCGUUUUUCACAAAAAAAAUUUGCCCAAGCGCUGUAUCAUAGCUGGAAAUUUUGUCAGACAAUUUUCUUCCAUGUCUGUCCUUUAUUUAAAUACAUAUAUAUGCACUU